AUGAAGUAUAAUUCCGACUCUAGGUCCUUCAAAAGAGUCAUUGCCAAGGCAAAGUCAGAGCACAUAGGCAGAAUUGGCGAAAAACUAGUUCGCCUUCCUUCUGGAAUCCGAGCAUUCUGGUCUCUCGCCAAGGCUGUCCAGGGGAAUUUCUGUCAGCCAUCUGUUCCAUCUAUGCACAGGGAGGACGACUCACUGGGCCAUACCGCAAAGGAGAAAGCCGAUCUGCUAGGCUCUUUCUUUGCGUCCAACUCGAGUCUCGAUAGCGAGGGGAGUACACCGCCGGCCAACCCACGGUGUGAGUGCUCCAUGCCGGAAGUGCAGUUCACACAGCGCUCGGUUCGCAAAGCACUCCUCUCCCUGAACAUCCGCAAGUCGAGUGGGCCUGACGGAAUUCCCUCAACUGUGGACGUGUGCUCCAUAGAUGGCACCAGUUUUAACGCGUCUUUUCUGGUACUUCCACUCCCUAGGCGUAGUCCCAAAAUCAUGGAAGACGGCUUUCGUCCACUCGAUCCCUAA